AUGGCCCGCCGGUAUCUUUAUCAAUGCCGUAAUAGUUUUGAAGACCGCAAGAAGGAAUCCACAAGUAUACGGCAACGUUAUCCACAUCACAUACCACUUGUCUGUGAACCCGCCCCUGGCAAUAACAAUCAUCCCGGCAACGGCAUCUCUUCUUCUUCCUCCUCUUCCUCUUCUUCUCCAUGUGCAGUGGUGGAUGCCCUUCUUCAUCGCCGUAAAGUAUUACGGGAAUUGGAUUACAGUAAGUUUCUUCUCCCAGAGGAUGCGUCUAUCCAACAACUCCUCGUCCUUCUGCGUAGACGACUGUUAUUAGAGUCUGAACAGGCGUUGUUUCUCUUUUUAGAUGAUAAUAUGCCGCCAAGCAGUGCCUGCAUGGGUGAUCUCUACACACAGAAGAAGGACCCGGACGGGUUUCUCUACUUAACAUACGGCAUAGAAAGUACAUUUGGGGGAAACAGAGAGUGGAGGCAGUGA